AUGUCUUGGUCAGAACGUGCUAUGAACGUUUCAGAUACCGUCCUCAGAAUUAUUCGUAAUGAAGGUAUUUUAUCUCUUUGGAGUGGACUCUCCCCAACACUUGUUAUGACACUUCCUCAAACUGUUAUCUACUUCACUGUCAAUGAUUGGCUGAAAUAUCAUGUUGGAUAUACUUCUAAGACUGUCAACAAAUCACCAGUAAUGACAAGUGGAUCUUUCCAAAACUUCAUCUCCCCUAAAGAUUUCCUCCCUCCAUUAGUUGGAGGUGUGUCUCGAAUUUUCGCGGAAGUACUCUACCGAGAUAUAACAUCGUUAGUUGUUACAACAGUGAAACAGGAUGGUCUGAAAAGUUUGUGGUUAGGUGCUGGACCAACUCUGUUACGUGAUGUUCCUUAUUCUAUGGUAUUUUGGUUAACUUACGACUAUAUGAAAUCUGGGUUUAUAAAUAAACAGAUAAGAACGCAUUUGUUGUCGAAUAGUGAAUUGCCUGCCACAUUUGACAGAAUUCACUUUUCGCAUGCAUUUGGUUUUGGAGCAGCUGCUGGUUUUAUUUCUGGCGUAUUAACACAUCCAUUCGAUGUGAUUAAAACUCACAGACAAGUUGAUUUCGGAAAGUAUUCGUUUUCAUUUAAUCAUCUUCACCCAACAUCAACAUGGACAUUACUGCAUAAUUUGUAUAUUAAAAAUGGUCUUCCUGCCUUGUUUUCUGGUUUCACACCUAGAAUAAUUAAAACAACCGGCGCUUCUGCAAUAAUGAUUGCCGUCUUUGAAAGUUUAAAAGAAAAAGUUGUAAAUAUCGGAACAAGUUAAAUGGAGAAAAAAAUUGAGGUCAACUUAUUCUUGAAAAAUUCUUCACAUUACUCAAGUUUACUGUUACGCAACACUACAUUGGUCAUUUUAUUUGUACUGUGUUUUAGUUUUUAGUGACAACAUUGAAUAAAAUGACUUUAG